AUGAAAGUCGUGGGUAUGGCCUUGUAGACUAUAUAGUAAAAAUUGUUAGAAUUUUGAUGCUGUUAUAUGAAGCAAAAUCUGAAGAUAUGAACAAAGGAACAGCUCAGGUUUUUGUACAAAUGCAUAGUGCAAUGGAACAACAAUUCCUGAUGGUUCAUAUUACAGAAGAAUUUACUUGCAAUUUUAUUGAUAAUAUGAAGCUCGAAAAAAAAGUGUUACAAUAUAUUGCUCAGAUAUUACAAGCCCAGGCUAUGACACUUGAUGAUGACGAUAAAGAUAGUG